GAGGAUCGAUCAGGAAGAACACUUUAUCUCGUUGUCCUUUGAGUAAAACUUAUUUUUUUCCGGAAUUAUACAAAGUAUAGGCUGUCUUUCGGAAGUCUGCCUAAUUUUGCACCUCGGUUGAUAGCGAACAGACAGCGAACUACAGUAGACCUACGAUAAAAUGGGUUCAAUAAGCUUUUGGAUGUGCUUGAUCCUGACGAUUUGCACCUGGCAUAAAACCUUCGGAUGCACUUGGAUGAGGACACUUCCUAAGUCUCGGAGCAUGUUCCAAGUGUUCAGCAACAACACCAUAACGGUGCUUCGGGAAAUGGGUCAUGUGGUCUCUCGAGAACCUCAGAUCACUUUCCCUUACGAGGAAUACAGACAUGUCGAUCAUUUCAAGGAUGACGACAAGAUUGUCUUCAUUUCGCAAACUCUGAACGCUAUAGAGAAAUUGUACAGAAGUGAUAACUAUGAUUCUUUCUGGGACCAGGAAGUAGUUGACGAGUUUAUGAUUGACCUGCAUCGCCAGACCUCGGAGCUGGACCAAUGUGUAAAGGCUAUAAGAGCUACACUACCAAAAUCUGACAAAGGAGUGAACAAAAAUAUGAGCCUUCACAUCAAAUUCCUGAAGAAUUACUUGAAACGCGAGGAAUACAGCGCAAGCGGCUGGGAAGGCAUAAGGAAAGUGGUGCUGGCACACAUGCUAAGACUAGUCACAAUAAUAUUGACUAACCAAUGAGCCUCGUGUGUGUGUAGAGAUGAUUUAUUUAUACUUCUAUUUUUUCAACUAUUUAUUUACACGGUUAUUUUUAUAUAUGUUUUAUUUAUUUAUUAUGUGACUUUACAACUCUGCGAAGUAAAACACAUUUUAUACUGAAUAAUGUAUUAUGUGCUAGGUAUUUUUAGGCUAUAGAAAAUGUAACAACGUUUUCAUGCAUUGAUUUUUGUAUUUAUGAAGACCAUUGCAUACUGUAUUUAUUAUUGCAACAAUAUUGGAAACGUUCGUUAUUGUAACGAUUAAAUACAUUUGAAAUAAACUAAUGUGACCUCUAACAGCUGAAAUAUAUUUUUAAUCUAACAUAUUUACAUAUGGGCCUAAUAAAAGGUCCUUAGAUAGGCCUGAUAAUGUCA